UUUCGGAUUUCGGAUUGAUGAUGUUCUUCGUCGAAUUGGUAAUCGUGAUGAUGUUCGAUCGGAGGAGGUUAUAGUGGUGUUGUGUAAUUUUGUAAUUGGGCGAAAGUGGGGCCUCUGAUGAACCGGUACGUGAACGGAGUUAUUGCCAGAGAUGCCGCCUCCCUACUUUCAGUUUCAGGAUUUCCGAAGGAUGUGGAAGGAAAGAGCAUGGUGUUCUUCUGUAGAGGAUGUUUUGAGUCCAGUUUCAAUAAAGAAGAAGCCUAAGAAAAAAAGUAGAUCAAGGAAGAAACAGGAUGUGCAAGAAAAGCCAUCACCAGCUUCUGAUCAACCUAAUGUUAACUCUGUUCAACUGUCGACUCCUAUACCUUCACCGGGAGAAGUCGAUGAGUUGAAUGAGGUAGUGGAUGUGUCUACAAACCAUGCUUUCUCUGCUGCAGAGGCUGCCGAACAGGAAACAACUACAUUGCAAUCUCUAAAGGGGCCUGCCAGGCUGAAAUCACAUGUCAAUGGAGCUUCUGUGAAACGCCGAACUUCGAAUGCUCUGAAAUACAUACGGGGUCGAUCCCGUCUGCAGUUUCAGGUUCGAGCAAGAAGGAUCAGAAUGUCUCAGGAGAACCAUGCACUCCAGAGGCAGCAAUUUCAUGCUAAAAUGAUGGAGAAUUUGAAAGUGGGAGAUGAAUGGAAUUUUAGUCUACUGUCAAAAGAACAAAUCAUGACAAACUUGAUUCAGAAGUAUGGAGCUGCAAUGAGGCGAGAAAGAUCUCUAGCUUAUUCUCAUACUCACCAGCAGCCAUGGAUUAAAUCGACAAAAUAUAAUCCCUUCCUGGGCUGGAUCUGGUUAGACAGAUGGAUGAGUGCUACACAGCCAUGGGAGAUGAUAACCACACCUAGUAAAGAUCACAACAACGAUUGUAGUGCUGCUCCAAGGAUUCGUGCUCGAGAUCCUACAAAGUGCCUUGCUUGUCGUCUCCCAGACAUGGAAAAUCCAUCGGCAUCCACUGUCCGAGCACCUCAUGUCUACGACUCCCCUGGAACGGCUGGAUCAAAGAUCGGAUCCUCAUCAUCUUCGAGAAAGCUGAGGACUCCAAGCCACAGCAGCUGUACAUUGAGCCAAGAUAACGACUCAAGGAAUGCGAUCACGUGUUCAUCGAGGAAGAAUAAGAGUCGGAUGAGCCCUUUCUCGGUUCCUAGUUACAUGGCGCCAACUCAUUCUGCAUUGGCCAAGUUUAAACGACAUUCUUAUCCACCGACACCUGCUGGCGCAAGGCGGCAUGUUGGCCCUUCCAUGGCUGAAACUGGCUCUGCUGUCGAAGAAAACAUUGCGAAGGGAGCGCGCACGGUUGAGUCGAUCACCUUGGAUCGCCCGGCGCAGGGCAGGUGAAUGAGGUAUGUAGUGAACUGUUGGAUCGGAUGUUUGAAGUGUUUUUACAUUAAUAUUCUUGGAAGUUCUUACAGAAUCUUCUCCAUAUGUUAGUUUUGUGGUGGCUGGUUUGGUUUGGUUUGGUUUUAUACAUGUGAUUGUUGACAAUGUGAGGUUGUAAGGAAUAAUGUAGAAAUGAUUAGAUUGCAAAUGUUUUUGAGUG